AUGUCAUUUGCGCUCGACGUCCCACAGACGCCGCACGCGAAGCGGCGCAUGGCGUGGACACCGUCGCCCACGGAGUGUGCGACGUGGACAUCGCCCAAGCGGCACAAGCACAAGCCGGUCCAGAGCGAGCGGCCGGUCCGCAUGCACGAUGCGCUGCCAACACAGCACGACGCAUGCGCUCGCUGGACAGGCACGCCCUCUAUAUUUUUCGGCACGCCGCAGCAUGCGGAGCGUGCGGCACGCCAGGCUGCUGAGCUAGUUCGGCCAGGCCUGUGCUCCGCCACCACACCCCUGCGCGCCGCGCCCGUAGAUUUUGAAAUGUACGGCUCGCCCGGCGUUGCGCGCGCGCAAUCGCCACAAGGCAGUGCCUGGGAGCACAAGGUGCUUUUGCGCGAGACGCUGGGCGAUGUAUCCAAUGCAAGUCCUGCGUCUGCGUACCCAGCCAUGCGCCCGUCGCCCGUCCAGGGUGGACUGCACGACGCGGCCUCGUCCAAGCUGCAGCGCCCACUCUCGCCUGCCAAAAGUCCAGCACCGACGAUCCGGCAUGUGCCACCACGGAUGGAGAUGGACGUGUUUUCCUCGCCGCCGCUGCGGCAGACAGACCGCUUUGUGUUUGGUGUUGACGACCAGCCCAACGAUACCUACUUUUACACGGGCCCGAUGAGCCCUGCCAAGCCUGCGAGUCCAGCGCUGAGCGCAGCGCAGCCCACGCCUCACCGCCCCCCGUCGACCUUGGCGCACAAUGCACCCGUGUUUCGCGCACAGCACGCCGCAGGCACGCCGGCGUCCCUCUCUGCGCAGUGGGACCGUGCCAAGACGAGUGCGGUGGAAUCGAUCCGUGCACGCGCCUCGCGCGUUUCGGCUGCGGAAGAAAAUGCGGCGGCGCAUGUGCCUUUGCGCAACACCUCGCCGCUCCGCGCAUCAGCGAGCCGGCUCCUGCGCCCCGUCAAGUUCGCCACCAGCGUUCCUGCCUCGCGCGUCUGGGAUCCGCCGAAAAUUGUGGACAAGGAAGACGAGCAGCCGCCGGUGCCGCCGCCCAAAGACGUCGGCCGCGCGCAGCGCAUCUCGCGGCCGCGCGCGCCGCUGCGCCCAACGACCAACACAGAGUGGAGCGCGCCGCAAGCGCCGAGUAGCCACGGCGAUGUGGAGGCUGCGGAGGAGGGUCGUAUGCGGGAGGAAAAAACCAGCGCUGCAUCUGCGCUGCACGCCGAAGCACUCGAGCCAGGCCGCUCACGCACCCUCACACGGCCGCGCCGUGUGCCCGUGCCGCGGCCGAGGAUUCCGCCGCCGCCGCCCAUGUCUGCGACCGAGCUGCAGCGGCUCACGUCAAAACACACGCGCAUGAACGGGGCGCAUACCGUCGAGAUCGACACACACGUCCAGCGGAUCUAUGGUGAGCGCCCUGCGAGCCCUUCUGCUGCGUUCCAUAGUGCGACACGGACGCGUGCGCUGCAUUGGACACAGGCGUGCGUCGCGGAGAUGAACGAGAUAGGCGAGUGCGUCGGGCAUGCGCUCGGCGCCGGAGAAGACGAGGCGUACAUCACUCCGCCAGCGUGUACGGAGAGAAAAGCUCGGGGCGUGCGAUGGGACAAACGGCUAGUCGUGAGCCCCACACUUGUGCGGCAGCACUCCAAGCCGCCGCGCAGUGCACUGCAGCACAAACCGCUGCUGGACGCGUAUGGAAAUGUUGGCGGCCCCAUGCCGCUGCCACGCACAAAGGAGCGCGUUGCCGUGAAGCGGUUGGUGUACGACGACGAUAUCGAGCAGGUGUAG